AUGCAUCGCAAAAAUAAUACAAAUAUGAAUGUGCAGGAAAAUUCAGUAGUAAACAAAACCGAUACUACAAAUUUUGUGCGACAAUUGAUCAAAGAGGUUGAAAAUCUUAACUGGAACGAUGAGGGGGUUAUGUCACCCAAACUUUCAAAAAAGGAAGAUUUUGAAAAAUGGUCAAAUGCACUUUUUGAACAUUUGUUAAAGUCAAAUGUUUACUUAUAUGAAUACUUCAAAUCCGGCAUACUUGACUUUACUGAAAUGGAUGAGUCAGCCAGAACUAUUUUAAGUAAAUGCUUUGAGAAUUCGUUACGCAGUUUGAUUAUCAAAUCUGUCCAAGACGACAUCGUUCAAGAGCUUAAUGACUUCUGCCAAAAACAUUCCAAUUCUAUUUCAGCUUUCACUUUAUUUCACUUUUUGAAAGAUAAAUACUCCGGUAGACCUUCCGUGCAAAAGUGUGAGGUUUUUGAUAUGCUAAGCAAAAUUGAUGGCAAAACCACAGAUGAAAAAAAAAAAUGGGUCGACAGAUGUUCAAGACUUCUCCUUGGAAAGAGUCAAGAAGAAGAACAGCUAGUCAACACUUUCUCGCGUGACCAAGUCAACCGGUAUGAGGGUCUUCGUAAUAAAAGGAUGGAACAAAUAUCAGAAGUACUCUACUCAGUUUGCACUCAGAUAAAUGGACCAAAGACAUGUUCAAAAAAUAAGGUUUACAAUAGAGCAUGGUUAAGUUUCAAAGAAAACUUACGUUUUAGGCCGGUACUUACGUUACUAUUGCUAGCGAUUGGGGCUUCAGGACUUAACAAGUUUAUUGGAAGGUUUAUUUCUGACUGA